UAAUUAACCCAAAUUCAAGGACUCUUCUCCUUUCCUCCGCCCUGUUUUCUCUUCUCCUUUCCUUCCCCCCGGGCCUUUUGCCUGGUUGGAGACUUUGCUUCCUGUCCUCCGUCUCUCUGGUUGACAAAAAAGUCAAAGCUAGUUUGAACCAACAAGGUUUAAAGAUUGUUCGAGUAAUCUUCUAUUUCGGAGAAGUUUUCCAUUCGAUUAAGCAACUGUUUAUAAACAUCUCGUCUAUUUUCGGCGUGGCCGUGUGCUACUUGGAGUUGAAAUCUUGCAUGAUGAGUGGGGCGAUCAGGAAGGCCAAUACAUGAUAACCAUUUUCAUUUGCAUGUAUUGAUACAAUGUAUCAAUUAUGAGUGAUGGAGUGCAACAAAGAAGAGGCGAUCAGGGCUAAAGAGAUCGCGGAGAAGAAGAUGCAAAACAAGGAUUUUGUGGGGGCUCGGAAGAUUGCACUUAAGGCCCAACAACUCUAUUCUGAUCUGGAUAAUAUUUCCCAGAUGAUUAUGGUUUGUGAUGUACACUGCUCUGCUGAGAACAAGGUUUAUGGAAACGAGAAGAAUUGGUAUGGUAUCCUCAAAAUCGAACCAACAGCAGAUGAGGUAGUUAUAAAGAAGCAAUAUCGGAAGUUUGCUCUCAUGCUUCAUCCUGAUAAGAACAAGUUUGCUGGCGCGGCAGAUGCCUUUAAGCUGAUUGGGGAAGCUCAAAGAGUGCUCUUGGACCGUGAAAAACGGAUGUUGCAUGACACUAAAUGUAGAGCUUUCGCAAGACCCACACCACCAACUCGGGGCCCACAGCAGGCGAAUUGGAACUCAAAUGUUGGGAAACAGCCUUGGGUUCAAAACAAUCUAAAGAAAAGUUCUUCACACUUCACACACUUGAAUAUGCAGCACCAGCAGCCACAACAGCAAGCCCAAUCAGGGUCUAACAACCGACGAACUUUCUGGACGCUCUGUCCUUUCUGUGGCAUAAGGUACCAGUUUUAUAUUGAAGUGCUCAACAAACUUCUUUCUUGCCAAACUUGCAAAAGGUCAUUCACUGGGUAUGAGAUAAACCCUCACAGUAGCUCACAAGGGACCAACAUGAGUCAGCAUUUAUUCCCAAAAAAUGUUCCCAGUCAAGGUGCUUCUAAGGUUGGCCCACAGAGAAAUGUUGGUGAUCCGAACCCAACAAGGGAUCGGUCUGAGGAUAUUAAUUCCUCGCGAAAGAUGAAUGGUAAGAGAAUGAAGCGGGUAUCAGAAUCCAGUGAAAGUUGCAACACUGAAAGCAGCUCUGACUCUGAAGACGAUACUGUUAUUGAUGAGGAUGGUGAUCCUCUGGCUGGACAGAAGGAAGGAUAUUCAGGAGAGCAGCACCGUCGAAGAUCUAAUCGGUCUAAAAGGGAUAUUUCUUAUAAUGAAACUUUAAGUGACGAUGAUAACUUUGUUAUUUCUUCAAAAAGGGCAAAGUACAGUGGAUCCUUCCCUGAUACUGGUCAGGAGGCUGAAGCUCCAAAACAGCAAGAUGAGCCCCAAACAGACAAACCAGCUGGAUGUGCUACUGACAUGGAAGCAGCUGAGACUAAGGUGAAACACAAUGGAAGUGCCUCUAACAGCGGGAACUUGCAAAAUGGAAAAGAAGAAACUAAGAAGAUGAAUGAAAACGCAACAACAGAAGAUGACAACCAUAAGAAAAGUUCUAAAGCUACUGGUGAGUCUUCAUCAAAUGAAGCGACAGAUCCAGAAAUUUAUGAAUAUCCUGAUCCUGAUUUCAGUGACUUUGAUAAGGAUAGAAGAGGAGAGUGCUUUGCAGUUGGGCAAACCUGGGCUAUUUAUGAUACUCUAGAUGCCAUGCCUAGAUUCUAUGCUCGAAUUAGAAAGGUUUUUUCUACUGGGUUCAAGCUGCGGAUAACUUGGCUAGAGCCUGCUCCGGAUGAUGAGGAUGAGAUCAAAUGGGUAGAUGAAGGUUUGCCAGUUUCUUGUGGCAAGUUCAACCAUGGAAAAUCUGAAACCAGUGAAGAUCAUGGUAUGUUCUCACAUUUGAUUUACUGGGAGAAAGGUAACAAGAGGGACACUUACAAGAUAUAUCCAAGAAAGGGAGAAACUUGGGCCCUCUUCAAGAAAUGGGAUAUAAAUUGGUACUCUGAUCCAGACAGUAGGAGGAAGUAUGAAUUUGAGUUCGUUGAAGUUUUGUCAGAGUAUGCUGAGGAUGUUGGUGUUUCUGUUGCGUACUUGGGUAAGGUGAAAGGCUUUGCGUGUCUCUUUUGCCGAACUGUGAAGAAAGGAAUGGACUCAUUUGAAUUACCCCCAAGUGAAUUAUUCAGAUUCUCCCACAGGGUUCCUUCCUUUCAAAUGAGUGGGGAUGAAGGAAAAAAUGUUCCUAAGGGAUGUUUUGAACUUGAUCCCGCUUCUCUUCCUACCAACCUCGAAGAAAUUUCAGUACCUGAUUUGAAUGUUGGUGCUGGAAGCAUGAAUCCUAAUGGUUAUUGUUCUAAAUCUCCAGCAGAAAAGAUGGAACCGAUGAUGGAAUGUGAUGGAAAUGCCUCUGGGUGUCAGGUAGAUCCCAAUCAGAAUGUUUCUAACAAUUUUAAUGGAGACACUGCUGCUGCCUCACCUUCAAAUUCUGAAGCUUAUGAAAUUCCUGAACCAGAAUUUUACAACUUUGAUGCUGAAAAAUCCCCGGAGAAGUUUCAGAUUGGUCAGCUUUGGGCGUUGUACAGUGAUGAAGAUGGUUUGCCAAAGUACUAUUGUCAGGUUAAAAGAAUUGACUUUCAGCCGGAGUUUAAAUUGCAUGUAGCGUGGCUUAAUGCCUGCUCACUGCCAAAGGGUAUGAUGCAUUGGCGUGACAAAAAGAUGCCGAUUACGUGUGGGAGAUUUAAGGUUAAAAAGGGUACAUCCCAGAAAUAUACUGCUACCCAUCCCUUUUCUCAUCAGUUAAAAGUAGAAAUUACGGAUGAGAAGGAUAUCUAUGUCAUAUUUCCUAGGAAAGGUGAGGUUUGGGCAUUAUAUAAGAACUGGAAUGCUGGAAUUAAAUGUUCUGAUUUGGACAACUGUGAUUAUGACAUGGUGGAAAUCCUUGAGGAAAAUGACUCAUGGAUAGAAGUUUUGCUUUUAGAGUUGGUGAAUGGUCAUAAGUCAGUUUUCAAGGCUCAAAUUAAGGAAGGAUUGACCGUCACGACGAAGAUCCCUCGAGUUGAGCAGCUUAGAAUCUCCCAUCAAAUUCCUGCUUAUCGUUUGACGGACGAGAGAGGUGGUAGUCUUAGAGGCUUUUGGGAGCUUGAUCCUGCAGCAUUGCCAGUUCUUUUUUUCUGUUCAAGUUAACGGGGGCAGGACGAUCACUCUUAUCCCUUCUUGUGGGCUUGUAUACACCCCAUAUUUAUGCUAUGCCUUUCUGGCCGAGGGACGCUGUUCAUAGUUUGGGUUCAAAAAAGAUAAACAGAUAGAGAGUAAAUCCUGAUCUGAGUGUGCUUCCUAUGGGUUGGAUGUCGGGAUUUGGUCUCUUUCUAGCUUGCAUAAGACACAGAAGGUGUCGUACUGGUUUCAUGUAACAUUCCUUUCUCCCGUGUCCAUACUUUUUGAGUGUAAUAUGCACAGCUUGGUCAACCCGGCUUAUAAGUAAAAGAUGGUAUCGGGAAUGCGACUAUAUGAGCCAUUAGUCUGAAUUAAAGCCUAAUUUUAUCUCGAGUUCCUUUAACUUUGUGGUUAGUUUUUUGUUCUUCUAUAAGACUCUUUUUAGGCUGCAAUCACAUUUAUGCUUAACGUUGCUGUCCGAAAUUCGGGAAAUGGUCUUCGUUCUCUUCUUUUCCUUUCCUGCUGUGAACAGUAUGUAGAGACUUUCAUUUGCAACUCAUUUGUAAACUCCAAGUACAGUAAUUCAGAAGCCUCAUUAGCUCUGGUUCUUAUCAGUUGGUAGUAUAUAUGAAAUUUGCUUAGUUUUAA